AAAAUAGGCGUUAGCCAUUUUGAUUACAAAAUGGAAGCUGUCCCUGCUGUAAAUGAUGAUGUAGAGGUCGUUGAACCUGUUGAAGGAUACCCAACCACAGAAGACGCUUUUGACAGUGGCUGGCUCAAAGUCUCCGACCUUCACGAGAUUUAUUACGAGCAGAGUGGGAAAGAGGAUGGAAACCCAGUCAUAUAUGUUCAUGGUGGCCCUGGGUCUGGCUGUAGCUCUGCAUGUCGUCGUUAUUUUGAUCCCAGUGUGUACCGAGUGAUCCUACUGGAUCAAAGAGGGGCUGGGAAAUCCUUGCCACAUGCUGAACUGAAAGAAAACACAACUUGGGAUCUUGUUGAAGACUUGGAGAAGCUACGUCAGCACCUUGGGAUUGAUAAAUGGAUAGUGUUUGGUGGCAGCUGGGGGUCAACCCUUUCAUUAGUGUAUGCUAUUAAACACACUGAGCGUGUCAAGGCUCUCAUAUUAAGAGGAAUAUUCACAGGAAGAAGAGAAGAAGUUGCAUGGCUUUAUGAAGAAGGAGGUGCUUCAAACAUUUAUCCCGACUAUUGGAAGGACUUUGUUUCUGCCAUACCAAAAUGUGAGAGACGUGAUAUGGUGAGCGCUUACUACAGAAGACUAACAAGUCCUGACCAUGAGGUGUGUCUUGAAGCAGCUCAAGCUUGGGCUCAGUGGGAGUGUAGAAUAUCAAAAAUGGUUGUUGAUUUAGAGAAAAUUAACACGAGGAUACAGAAUGAGUCCUGGGUACUGUCUUUUGCUAAAAUUGAAUGUCAUUAUUUUGUACACGAUUGCUGGUUUGAUGAUCCAAGCUACAUAUUGAAUAAUAUAGAGAAGAUAAGGAAUGUACCAGGUGUCAUUGUCCAGGGGCGUUAUGACAUGGUGACACCUAUAAAAACUGCUUGGGAACUUCACGAAAAAUGGCCUGAAGCUGAGUUGGAAAUUAUUUCGUAUGGAGCCCACUCUGUGAUAAGUCCGGACAUGAGAGCUGCUUUGAUUAAUGCAGCAGAAAGAUACAAAUUUUCUUAGAUUUAUUUAUCAUUUUUUAUACUUUAUACACCCACGCAUUAUUAUGUAGAAGAUAAA